CUGUUAAGGUGACCUAGGCAGCAGUUCUUCUCUUCCAUUAGCGAGCCUGCAGAGCUGCCGCAAACAUGUCUCUCUCCAACAAGCUGACCCUGGACAAGCUGGACGUGAAGGGGAAGAGGGUGGUGAUGAGAGUUGACUUCAAUGUUCCAAUGAAAAAUAAUCAAAUUACCAAUAACCAGAGGAUCAAGGCCGCUGUUCCCAGCAUCCAGCACUGUCUAGACCAUGGUGCCAAAUCAGUGGUUCUCAUGAGCCAUCUUGGUAGACCGGAUGGUGUGCCAAUGCCUGACAAGUACUCCCUGGCACCUGUAGCGGAGGAGCUCAAAGCUUUAAUGAAGAGAGAUGUGGUGUUCCUUAAGGAUUGUGUAGGAGCAGAGGUAGAAGCUGCUUGUGCUGAUCCAGCUACUGGGACAGUCCUGCUUCUUGAGAACCUGCGAUUCCACGUGGAGGAAGAGGGCAAAGGCAAAGACGCAUCUGGAAACAAGAUUAAGGCAGAUGCUGCACAUGUGGAGACAUUCAGAGCAUCCCUGUCCAAACUUGGCGAUAUUUACAUCAAUGAUGCGUUUGGAACUGCCCACAGAGCUCACAGCUCCAUGGUUGGAGUCAACUUGCCACAGCGAGCUGCUGGAUUCCUUAUGAAGAAGGAGCUUGACUACUUUGCCAAGGCUUUGGAGAACCCAGAGAGACCUUUCUUGGCUAUCCUUGGUGGGGCCAAGGUCAAGGACAAGAUUCAGCUGAUCAAUAACAUGUUGGAUCAAGUGAAUGAAAUGAUCAUUGGAGGAGGGAUGGCCUUCACAUUCUUGAAAGUGCUAAACAAUAUGGAGAUCGGCACUUCCCUGUAUGAUGAUGAAGGAGCCAAGAUUGUAAAGGAUCUGAUGGCAAAAGCAGAGAAGAAUGGAGUAAGGAUCACCCUGCCCGUAGACUUCACAACAGCUGACAAGUUUGACGAGAAUGCAAACACUGGACAUGCCAGCGUGUCCACUGGGAUCCCAGCAGGAUGGAUGGGUCUAGACUGUGGGCCAGAGAGUAUAAAACUGUUUGUAGAAGCAGUUGGAAGAGCCAAGCAGAUAGUCUGGAAUGGCCCAGUUGGAGUUUUCGAGUGGGACAAGUUUUCUAAAGGAACCAAAGCUGUAAUGGACAAAGUGGUUGAAGUCACUGCUAAAGGCUGCAUUACCAUCAUUGGUGGCGGAGACACAGCAACCUGCUGUGCCAAGUGGGACACUGAAGACAAAGUCAGCCACGUCAGUACUGGAGGUGGUGCCAGCUUGGAGCUCCUUGAGGGCAAAGUACUCCCUGGAGUUGACGCAUUGAGCAACGUGUAACUGUUUCCAUAACAAGUUAGACAACGGUUUGGUCCAGAACACUGGGAGCAAGCACUGAUAACAGAUGAAAAGCCUACCACAAUCCCACGCACUUUACAUGGACAAACCCUCAUGGUUCUGAGCUAGUUGAAUCUGUCAUAUUAAUCCUUACUACCUAAAGGGUCUGCCGUAUGUUGCAUUGCUUGGGUUGGAUUGAAGGAGUUAAACUCCCAAUAGCUAACUCACAUGUCUGGAAGUGGUAUGUUCUAGGCUCAUUUUUGUUCUUGUAACUGUUAUUGUGCACUUAGAUGUAUAUAUUGCCCUGUAGGUGUCUGAGUCUAUGCAUUUCGUUUUAAUCUGUUCUUCAGUUGCAUUAACUGUAUACAGGAAAGACAUGGGCUGUCCAGUAAUCUGCUCAAAUUAAAAAGUAAAACAAAAA